AUGGAGAGGAACGGCACGACUCAAGCACCGGCGCCAGGCGAAUGCGAGCCGGGGCUGGAGAGGCUGGAGAGCAGCUCUGGGCUGGAGAACUGCACAGAUGGAUUGGUGGGAAAUCUGUCCCUGCGCUGCUGGCUGCACCUUUUGACCAAAGAGUCGGGCGCAGCACUGCAGGGGGAUGGCUCGAGCCUGGUGGUGCGCGUGAUGAUUGCACUGGUUUACUCGGUGGUGUGUGCGCUUGGGCUGGUGGGCAACUCGCUGGCGCUCUACCUGCUGCACUCGCGCCACCGGCAGAAACGCUCAUCCAUCAACUGCUUCGUUAUGGGCCUGGCACUCACCGACCUACAGUUCGUCCUGACACUGCCCUUCUGGGCCAUAGACACGGCGCUGGACUUCCGCUGGCCCUUCGGCAAAGUCAUGUGCAAGAUCGUCAGCUCCGUCACCACCAUGAACAUGUACGCCAGCGUCUACUUCCUGACCGCCAUGAGCGUGGCCAGGUACUACUCCGUCGCCUCCUCGCUGAAGAUGCGCAGCCAGAGGGCAGCAGCCACCGGGGCCAAGUGGAUCAGCUUGGGCAUCUGGGUGGUGUCGCUGCUGGCCACUUUGCCACAUGCCAUCUACUCCACCAUCGCCCAAGUGGCAACGGAUGAGGAACUUUGCCUGGUUCGCUUCCCAGAAUCGGGCAGCUGGGACCCACAGCUGCUCUUGGGCCUCUACCAGCUGCAGAAGGUUCUGCUGGGCUUCGUCAUCCCUCUGGUGGUGAUCACCCUGUGCUACCUCCUGCUGCUGCGCUUCGUGUUGAGCCGCAGGGUCAGGGGUGCCGUCAGCUCGGAGAGCGAACAUGGCCGCCACAAGCGUCGCUCCAAGGUCACCAAGUCGGUGGUGAUCGUGGUGCUGUCCUUCUUCCUCUGCUGGCUGCCCAACCAGGCGCUGACCCUUUGGGCUGUCCUCAUUAAGUUCGACCUUGUACCCUUUAGCAAGGCCUUCUACAAUGCCCAGGCCUACGCCUUCCCACUGUCUGUCUGCUUAGCGCACACCAACAGCUGCCUGAACCCGGUACUCUACUGCUUGAUCCGCCGCGAGUUCCGGGCCGGACUGAAGGACCUGCUGCUCAGGGCCACGCCGUCCUACCGCAGCCUAGCCCAGCUGCUGCCCCGUAAGGCUAAGGUGGCUGAGGCACCACCUGUUCUGGUGCUGGUGCAGAUGGAUGUUUAA